ACACACUACACGAGUCAAACAGACGGACGCUGUGUCUAUUUGUGUUGAGGUGUUUUAAAUCCCGUUUACAACUGAUUUCUGACUGGGACGCUAAUAGGAAUUCCCUGGUGUGUAUUCCCGUUAGGAGAAGAAAGAGAGCGAAGGAAACGUCUCUCAUCUUGACCUCUGCUCGCGAAUGGAAAGCAUCAGGAAAUACAUGUUCGUCCUCCGCUCCACUGUGGGACCUGGAAUCUAAGAUCAGAAGACUUUCUUGGAGGAUCAUUCAUUGUAAAUGGAUUCCUUCUUUGUAGAGGGGGCCCGUGUCUGGCUGCGGGACAAAGAGCUGCUCCUCCCUGCUACUGUCAGCUCCUGUUCCCACGAUGACGGAUACCUGGUCCUUACAACCGACUACGGAAAGGUGAUGUACCUGCAGCAGGGGGAGCUGAGCAGAGACAAGGUGUUUCCUAUGCACCCCACCAGUAUUAAUGGAGUAGAGGACAUGUCUACUCUGGCAGAACUACAUGAAGCUGCCAUCAUGUACAACCUUUACCUCCGCUACCAGAAGGACUGCAUCUAUACCAACAUAGGCUCUAUCCUAGCAGCGGUGAACCCCUACAAGCAGAUCCCAGGUCUGUAUGACCCAGCAGCAGUAGACCUGUAUAGUAGACACCACCUGGGAGAGCUGCCCCCUCAUAUCUUCGCUGUGGCCAACGAGUGUUACCGCUGUCUCUGGAAGAGACACGACAGCCAGUGUGUUCUCAUCAGUGGAGAGUCAGGAGCAGGGAAGACAGAGAGUACCAAGCUGCUGCUCCAGUUCCUGUCUGUGAUGUCUCAGAAGUCUGCCGGGACAGCCCCCUCUGAGAGGAGCACCCGCGUGGAGCUGGCCAUUAUCCAGAGCAGCCCCAUCAUGGAGGCGUUUGGGAAUGCCAAGACGGUGUACAACAACAACUCUUCCCGCUUUGGGAAGUUUAUCCAGCUGCACUUCUCCCAGAGUGGGAACAUCCAGGGAGGCUGUAUCAUCGACUAUUUACUUGAAAAGAACCGUGUGGUGAGACAGAACCCUGGAGAGAGGAACUAUCAUAUCUUCUAUGCUCUGCUGGCCGGGGCCGACAAAAACCACAAAGAGCUGUACUUCCUGUCAGAGGGCCCAGAGUCAUACCACUACCUGAGUCAGUCUGGCUGUGUGAAGGACAGGAGUCUAGAUGACCUGAAGCUAUAUGACAGUUUCAUGGAGGCUCUAAAGGUGAUGCAGUUCAGUGAGGAGGAGAUACGUGACGUCUUCAAGCUGCUGUCUGCUGUUCUCCUGAUGGGGAACAUAGAGUUCAUGACCGCAGGAGGAGCACAGGUCACCUCUAAUGGAGUGGUCAGUAAUGUCAGUGAUCUGCUGGGCCUGGACUCGUUCCAGCUGUCUGAGGUUCUGACCCAGAGGUCCAUGACCCUGAGAGGAGAGGAGAUCUGUUCACCCCUCACUGUGGAACAGGCGGUGUGCUCUCGGGACUCGGUUGCCAUGGCGUUGUACGCCCAGUCUUUCUCCUGGAUCAUCACACGGAUCAACCAGAAGGUCAGAGGGAAGGACAACUUCAAGUCCAUCGGUAUCCUCGACAUCUUCGGCUUCGAGAAUUUUGAGGUGAACAGGUUUGAACAGUUCAACAUCAACUACGCCAAUGAGAAGCUCCAGGAAUACUUCAACAAACACAUCUUCUCCCUGGAACAGCUGGACUACAACAGAGAGGGGAUCCAGUGGGAAGCCAUAGACUGGAUGGAUAAUGCAGAGUGUCUGGACCUCAUAGAGAAGAAACUGGGCAUGUUGGCUCUGAUCAACGAAGAGAGUCGCUUCCCAAAAGGCACCGACUACACCCUGCUAGAGAAACUACACAGUAGACACGCUACUAACCAGUACUACAUGAAGCCCAGAGUGACUGAUCACCAGUUUGGCAUCAAGCACUAUGCUGGAGAGGUUCUGUAUGACGUCAGAGGGGUCCUACAGAAGAACCGGGACACCUUCAGAGAUGACGUCUUAAACAUGCUCAAGGACAGCAGGCUUGACUUCAUCUAUGACCUGUUUGAGCGUGUCGGGAGCAGGAACGGAGAGGAGACCCUGAAGAUGGGGACGGCCAGACGCAAACCCACCGUCAGCUCUCAGUUCAGGGACUCUCUCCAUUCCUUGAUGAACACUCUGAGUGCCUCCAACCCUUUCUUUGUGCGCUGCAUCAAACCCAACAUGAACAAGAACGCCAACAUGUUUGACCCAGAAGUGGUCCUGAACCAGCUGAGGUAUUCUGGGAUGUUGGAGACCGUGAAGAUCCGCAGGGCUGGUUUCCCUGUCCGCAGGACUUUUAAUGACUUCUACAGCAGGUACAAUAUGAUCCUGAAAGACAAGCAUCCAACAGACGACCAGAGAGGAAGGUGCACAGAGCUGCUGAUGUCAUACGACCCCGCCAAGAUAGACUGGCAGCUGGGGAAGACUAAGGUGUUCCUGAAGGAAGAGCUGGAACACCGGCUGGAGAAGGGGAGGGAAGAGGUGCGGAGACAGGCGGGCAUGGUGAUCCGGGCACACAUACUCAGCUAUGUGGCAAGGAAGCGAUAUAAGAGGGUGCUGGUCAGCACCGUCACCAUCCAGAAGAACUACAGAGCUCACUUCUGGAGACGUGUGUUCCUUCGUCUCCGCACCGCAGCUGUCAUUCUACAGAAACACCAUCGAGGUCGGCUGGCCCGAGGCCUCUAUCGACACCUCUCUGAGGAGAAGAAGAGGAUAGAGGAGGAGGAGAGACGGCAAAUAGAGGGGGAGAGGAGGAGGCUGGAGGAAGAGGAGUUGAGGAGGAGGGAGGAGGAGAGACGGCAAGUAGAGGGGGAGAGGCUGGAGGAAGAGAAUAGACGAGAGGAGGAGGAGUUGAGGAGGAGGAAGGAGGAGGAGGAGAGACUGAGGGUGUUGGAGCUGGAGGAGGUGAGGAGGAAGGAGGAGGAGAGACGGAGGGUGUUGGAGCUGGAGGAGGUGAGGAGGAAGGAGGAGGAGAGACGGAGGGUGUUGGAGCUGGAGGAGGUGAGGAGGAAGGAGGAGGAGAGACGGAGGGUGUUGGAGCUGGAGGAGGUGAGGAGGAAGGAGGAGGAGAGACGGAGGGUGUUGGAGCUGGAGGAGGUGAGGAGGAUGGAGGAGGAGAGACUGAGACAACAAAAGGAGCAGGAAGCAGCGAAGAGAAAGGAGGAGGAGCUUUGCAACGGACAGCAAGUCGAAGACGAGGAGAAAGCUACAGCCAACAACAGGAACUCCCUGGAGAUGGAAUCUCCUGCUCCUCAUAAGGAGGUGUCCCUGUCCUACUCCCUGCCCCACCACACCUCUGAGGAGGAGUCCUGUCAGAUGGAGGAGAUCCUUCGGCUGGAGAAGGAGAUUGAGAGGCUGCAGCGCCAGAAGGAGGACGGGGUUUCCAUGUUAGGGGACGUCCUUGGAGGGACCGGGGAGGAGCUCCGGCGGAGGAGGGACGCAGAGAUCUACCAGCUGGAGAAGGAGGCGUCUCGCGUGGCCACAGAGUUCCUGGAGCUCCUGGACUUUGGGGGUCUGGAACAGAGUCUGUCCAGCGAGGAGAAUCUCCACGACCCCUCGGAGAGCACCGCUCCCCUGGCCCGGGCCGAGGAGGAGGAGGAGGACGAGGGCUUCCAUGCUGAGGAGGAGUGUCCCGGUAGCGGUAUCCUCCUGCCUGACUUCCCUCUCCCUGUGGAGGUUCCUCUGGACCAGGAGGUCUUCUCCUCCCUCCCUCCUCCUCCUGCCUUCGCUGAGAGUCUGGUAGCACAUGCCCUGGCUCUCUCUCAGGCCCCGUGUUGUCCCCCUGUUUACUACCCCCUCACCUCUAUUGUCCCUACACACCACCCGGCUCCUCCUCUCCCUGGCCUCACCAACGGAGGUGGGAAGGCUCUCUGUCACCAACCCACCAGGAGAAUAGAGGUGGCUCCAGAGACCGACAGCGUGCCCAGAAGAGUGGACGUAGUACCCGACAGACCCUGUGCCAGGGUAGAUGUUACGCCAACUAGAAUAGACGCGGUACCCUCCAGAGUCCCAGAGGCUGUGCCAGACAGGAGAGCAGAGCUAGUGCCCACUGUGCCUGUCCCAGGGGCCAGGGAGGUCAGAGAGGAGGUGUCAUUCAGUGUCCUACCAGACACAGAGUCAUACUGUGACCAGGAGGAGUUUGAGGAGGUGCAGGGGAGUACAGGCUCUGGAGACGUAGCCAGUAUCACGGACGGACAUGCAACUGAUGAGGUGCUGAGGAAAUCAUCCUGUACUCAGAACAGCCUGGACUCCUUCAGAGGCAGCUCAGACUCUUUUAUAGACAGUGACACAAGCAACGAUGGCUAUGUGGACACAGACGAGGAGGUGUCCAAUGGGAGGGUGAAUCUACUGAACGGCUCUGGGCCUCCAUACUUCCACAGCUACCUCUACAUGAAGGGUGGACUGAUGAUCCCGUGGCGACGGAGGUGGUGUGUGUUGAAGGACGAAACCUUCAUGUGGUUCAGGGCUAAGCAGGACAGUCUGAAGAGUGGCUGGCUGUAUAAGAAGGGAGGUGGCAUGUCUACUCUGUCCAGACGGAACUGGAAGCUGCGCUGGUUCGUACUGAGAGACGAUAAACUCAUGUACUUUGAGAGCGACAGCGAGGAGAAACUGAAGGGGACCGUGGACAUCCGCUCCGCCAGGGACAUAGUGGAUAACCAUGCCAAAGAGAAUGCUUUGAACAUCGUGACUGAAGAGAGAACCUACCACAUUUAUGCAGAGACUCCUGAAGAUGCCAGUGGCUGGUUCAACGUGCUGAGUCGUGUCCACAGUGCCAGUCCAGACCAGCUGAUGGAGAUGAACCAUGAGCAGGCCGACCCCAAGAACGCUGUGGGAACUGUGGAUGUUGGACUGAUCGACUCUGUGUGCGCGUCAGACAAUCCUGACAGACCCAACUCGUUUGUCAUCAUCACUGCUAACCGUGUGAUCCACUGCAACACUGAGAUGCCUGAAGAGAUGCACCACUGGAUCGGCCUGCUGCAGAAACCUAAAGGAGACGCCAGGAUAGACGGGCAGGAGUUCUUCGUCAGAGGUUGGCUUCACAAGGAGAUAAGGGCUAAGAGCACUAGUCUGAAGCUGAAGAAGAGAUGGUUUGUAUUGACCUCUAACUCUCUGGACUACUACAAGUCUUCAGAGCGCAGUGUGUCCAAGCUGGGGACCCUGGUCCUCAACAGUCUCUGCUCUGUGGUCCAGCCCGACGAGAAGGUCUUCAAGGACACCGGUUACUGGAACAUCAUCGUCCACGGACGUAAACACUCGUACCACCUCUACACCAAACUACUGAACGAGGCUAUGCGCUGGGCGUCGGCCAUACAGGGGGCUGUCGACAGCAAGGUUCCCAUAGAGACACCCACACAGCAACUCAUCAGGGACAUCAAGGAGAGCAGUCUGAACGUGGAAGCUGUAGAACAGACGUAUUGGAGGAACCCUAUCCUCAGAUAUACCCAGCACCCCCUCCACUCCCCCCUGCUUCCUCUGCCUUAUGGGGAGGUCAACAUCCACCUCCAUAAGGAGAAGGGCUAUGCCAGCCUGCAGGACGAGGCAGUGAAGAUCUUCAACUCUCUGCAGGAGAUGGAGUCUGUGUCUGACCCCGUGCCGAUCAUCCAGGGCAUCCUCCAGACCUGCCACGACCUACGCCUGCUCAGAGACGAGGUCUACUGUCAGCUCAUCAAGCAGACCAAUCACGUGCCUCAGCCCAACAGCUCGGCCAAUCGCGCCCACUGGCACCUCCUCACCUGUAUGAGCUGUACCUUCCUGCCCAGCCGGGGCAUCCUGCGCUACCUCAAGUUCCACCUUAAAGGGGUGAAGGAGCAGUUUCCUGGAACAGAGGUGGACAUGUUUGCUCAUUUCAUAGGUGAGUCUCUGAAGAGGACCAAGGUCAGGGACUUCGUACCGUCUCAGGAGGAGAUCGUAGCCUUACUGACCAGGCAGGAAAUGACGACUACGGUCUACUGCCACGGAGGAGGAUCCAACAAGAUCUCCAUCAACUCAAAGAGUCACACCACCGCUGGAGAGGUGGUGGAGAAGUUGAUCCGAGGACUGGCCAUGGAGGACAGUAGAAACAUGUUUUCCCUGUUUCAACACAACAACACUACGGACCGCGCUGUGGAGAGCAGAGUCAUCGUGGCUGACGUACUCGCCAAGUUUGAGAGGCUGUCAGGCAGUGAGGAGGUGGAGGAGGAGGGGCAGUGGAGGCUCUACUUCAAACUCUACUGUUUCCUGGAUGUAGAGAGCAUGCCCAAGGAAGGGGUGGAGUUCGCUUUCAUGUUCGAACAGGCUCAUGAGUCUCUGACCAGCGGUCACCUCCCGGCCCCAGAAGACACCCUGCAGCACCUGGCCGCUCUCAGGCUCCAGUUCCUCCACGGGGACGAGGCCCGGGUCAGCUGGUCUCUGGACACCGUCUACCCUGUAGGCAGGCUCCGCGCACGUAUCCUGCACUUCACCAAGGUGGGCGCGGCGGGGCCUGUGGGCCAAACCCUUGAGCGGAGGCGGACCAGCUUCCUGGACGGGACCCUGCGCCGCAGCGGGCUGAAGACGGGCUCCAUGAAGAAACAGAAGAUGGAGGAGGAACAGAUGCUGGAGAUGUGGGUGAAGGAGGAGACUUCAGCCACCAGAACCUCCAUCGUAGAGAAGUGGUCCAGACUUCAGGGACUGGACCAGCACACUGCCAUGCUCAAAUACAUGAACAUCAUCAAGGAGUGGCCCGGAUAUGGGUCCACACUGUUCGACGUGGAGUGUAAAGAAGGAGGCUUUCCUCAUGACCUGUGGCUGAGUGUGAGUGCAGAGAACGUGUCGGUCUACAAGAGAGGAGAACCCAAACCUCUGGAGACGUUCCCCUAUGAACACAUCAUCUUCUUCGGAUCUCCCCAGGCCACUACCUAUAAGAUCACAGUGGACGACAGAGAUAUGUUCUUUGAGACACCUCUGGUUGGAGAGAUCACUAAGAUCAUGAAAGCCUACAUCAACAUGAUCGUAAAAAAGAGAUGCAGUGUCAGAUCUGGGCCCAGCUACGGAACCAACUGGAUCAGGUGAGAUGUGGGACAGAACGCAGCCCAGUUGGCUUCCUACCGCCCCUGACCAGAAGGCUACAAGGCAGCAGGGUCCAUGAAGACAGAACUGUUCUCCUCAACUCAGAUGUCUGAAUAACUGAAAGCAGGCUGCUACUCAGCUACUCCAGAACUCGUCCAACUCCGGUGUCCCAACUCCGGUGUCCCUCAGUGUGGUACGCCAAAGCCAACAUUCUAGAACAUUCUAGAAUGUGUAGCGCUAAAAGGCGGAACUGCGUUCCUCAACCGUUUCCUAUUGCUAUUCUAUAGCUGUCGACGUGGAUACCACGUUACCUUCUGCUAUUAUUUACAUCAAUUUAUCAAUAGUAUGGACCAAUCAGGAUGUCACAUCAAAUUUCCUUUCGUAUCAAAUUCUACCAUUUUCCAAUGGGAUUGAGAGAGAGAAAUGUAUCACUGUCCUGCCUUGCCCUGACUCGCUCCCCUUUCCUUAUAAGAAUGUUGUGUCUAUUUUUAAAUUGGCAAGUGUUAUUAUUUUUUAUUAUAAUAACAUAUGUAAAUGAAUGGGCGCCCAACUAUACCGUUAUAUAUUUACAAUGAGAAGAAGUUAUUUGUCUAAGUAAAGUUGAAAGACUUUCCCCUCGGGUUUUUCUGAGCAAUAGGAGUUGAAUCCCAAACCAACCACAGACUCAGGGGAAGGUGGUCACCCAUAGCAUCUCACUGGUCACCAUAGCAGCACCCACCCAUAGCAUCUCACUGGUCACCAUAGCAGCACCCACCCAUAGCAUCUCACUGGUCACCAUAGCAGCACCCACCCAUAGCAUCUCACUGGUCACCAUAGCAGCACCCACCCAUAGCAUCUCACUGGUCCCCAAAGCCAAUUUCUCCUUGGUUGGUUGAACCUCUUUACAUUUGAAUUCCUUAAAUGGGUUCACUGCUUCCAUCCAUGUGGUUAUUCGUCUACUUUGGACUGUAAAAGUAAUAGUUUUGACUUUCAGGAAUGGCAUCACCAAGCCAGGGUUAUGUCAGGGCUAAUAGCUUGAUGGUUAUAACCAGUUAUAAUGCUAGUGGCAGAAGCUGCUAUUCUAUAGCCUGGUCCCAGAUCUGUUUGUGCUAUUGCCUACUCUGAUUAUGAAGCUUAACAUGUUUGAUAUGACAAUUCCAUAAGAAGUUGGCAAAAGAGCAGGAAAAAGCAGGCUGGUGCCCAAAGCUAGCCAUUCUACCCAGUGCCCGAGAAGCAGGUUUUUAACUCUGGGGAAAUAACACUAGUAUUUUAUAUAACUAGAACAAACCAAUACAUAAUCCAUCACUACUAUAUUCAGGUUAUUAUUUAUUUACUAUAAAGGCAGUGGUUUAAUAAAGAACAUUUUCGCUUAAUUCUAAAGAACGUCAUUAUAUAAUUUAGUCUGAGGUAAUUUUAAUUUAAAUGUUUUAUUUGCUAUUUUGAUUUGAAACCGGUUUCGUCCUCGUAACGAAAUGUUUUGUGUGACUGAAACUGUUGAAAGAGAGCGUGACGUGUUGAUGUAACGAGCUGGAAGGUACUUCCUGGUUUUUGUGUUACAGAAGUAUUGUUGGUCACGAGCGAUAGAGCAGGGUUAACCAUUUGGCACCCCAACUUUUACGAGCAAAUAUUAUCAUAAAAAUGGUUGGACACGUGACUGUAAUAAAACACCUGCACCUCGGCUCCAAAUGAUUAACAUUUUGGAUGUUCGUAUUCCCACGCCUAAGAGACAUUGACCGGACAAAACAUUAGGAACAUCCUACUCAUAUUGCGUUUCACCCCCUUUUGCCCUCAGAACGGGCUCAAUUCGUCAGGGCAUGGACAAUACAAGGUGUCGAAAGUGUUUCCCAGGGAUGCUGGCCCAUGUUGACUCCAACGCUUUCCACAGUUGUGUCACCUGGUCAGUCUAUGUCAUGGAAAGACCAGGUGUUCAUAAUGUUUUGUACACUCAGUGUAUAUAUGUGAUUGUAAACAAAUGUAAGCAAGGUUUGAAAUCAUUAUGUAUUAGUCAAAUAUUAUAUCCUAUUUGAUAUUCUUGCGGUCAAUUUGCACUCUACAAAGUGUUAUGGAUGAUGUCCCAGCCCCCUGUCCCAGCCCCCUGUCCCAGCCCCCUGUCCCAGCCCCCUGACCAUCCAUUCGCUCAAGAAACAAAAUAGUGUGAUAACAUGACAUUCUGGUGAUGAUAACAUAACAUUGUGGGAUUACAUUGUGAUAACAUGACAGUGUGAUAUCAUGACAGUGUGAUAUCAUGACAUUGUGAUAACAUGACAUUGUGAUAACAUGACAUUGGGAUAUCAUGACAUUGGGAUAUCAUGACAGUGUGAUAUCAUGACAGUGUGAUAUCAUGACAGUGUGAUUACAUUGUGUGAUGACAUUGUGAUAACAUGACAUUGUGAUAACAUGACAUUGUGAUAUCAUGACAGUGUGAUGACAUGACAUUGUGAUAUCAUGACAUUGUGAUAUCAUGACAUUGUGAUAUCAUGACAGUGUGAUGACAUGACAUUGUGAUGACAUGACAUUGUGAUAUCAUGACAGUGUGAUGACAUGACAUUGUGAUAUCAUGACAUUGUGAUAUCAUGACAGUGUGAUAUCAUGACAGUGUGAUAUUGUGACAGUGUGAUGACAUGACAUUGUGAUAACAUGACAUUGGGAUAUCAUGACAGUGUGAUAUCAUGACAGUGUGAUUACAUUGUGUGAUUACAUUGUGUGAUGACAUUGUGAUAACAUGACAGUGUGAUGACAUGACAGUGUGAUGACAUGACAGUGUGAUGACAUGACAGUGUGAUGACAUGACAGUGUGAUAACAUGACAUUGUGAUAUCAUGACAGUGUGAUUACAUUGUGUGAUUACAUUGUGUGAUGACAGUGUGAUAACAUGACAGUGUGAUGACAUGACAGUGUGAUAACAUGACAGUGUGAUAUCAUGACAGUGUGAUUACAUUGUGUGAUUACAUUGUGUGAUGACAGUGUGAUAACAUGACAGUGUGAUGACAUGACAGUGUGAUAUCAUGACAGUGUGAUAUCAUGACAGUGUGAUAUCAUGACAGUGUGAUUACAUUGUGUGAUUACAUUGUGUGAUGACAGUGUGAUAACAUGACAGUGUGAUGACAUGACAGUGUGAUAACAUGACAGUGUGAUGACAUGACAUUGUGAUGACAUGACAUUGUGAUAACAUGACAUUGUGAUAUCAUGACAGUGUGAUGACAUGACAGUGUGAUGACAUGACAGUGUGAUAACAUGACAGUGUGAUGACAUGACAUUGUGAUAACAUGACAUUGUGAUAUCAUGACAGUGUGAUGACAUGACAGUGUGAUGACAUGACAGUGUGAUGACAUGACAGUGUGAUGACAUGACAUUGUGAUAACAUGACAUUGUGAUAUCAUGACAGUGUGAUGACAUGACAUUGUGAUAUCAUGACAUUGUGAUAUCAUGACAUUGGGAUAUCAUGACAUUGGGAUAUCAUGACAUUGGGAUAUCAUGACAUUGGGAUAUCAUGACCGUGUGAUAUCAUGAGUGUGAUAUCAUGACAGUGUGAUGACAUGACAUUGGGAUAUCAUGACAUUGGGAUAUCAUGACAUUGGGAUAUCAUGACCGUGUGAUAUCAUGACCGUGUGAUAUCAUGACCGUGUGAUAUCAUGACUGUGUGAUAUCAUGACUGUGUGAUAUCAUGACAUUGGGAUAUCAUGACAGUGUGAUGACAUUGUGAUAUCAUGACAUUGGGAUAUCAUGACAGUGUGAUAACAUGACAUUGGGAUAUCAUGACAGUGUGAUAUCAUGACACUGGGAUAUCAUGAUAUUGGGAUAUCAUGACAGUGUGAUGACAUGACAUUGGAAUAUCAUGACAGUGUGAUAUCAUGACGGUGUGAUAUCAUGACAGUGUGAUAUCAUGACAUUGGGAUAUCAUGACAGUGUGAUAUCAUGACAUUGGGAUAUCAUGGCAGUGUGAUAACAUGACAGUGUGAUAUCAUGACAGUGUGAUAUCAUGACAUUGGGAUAACAUAACAUUGUGGGAUUACAUUGGGAUAUCAUGACAGUGUGAUAUCAUGACAUUGGGAUAUCAUGACAGUGUGAUAUCAUGACAUUGGGAUAUCAUGGCAGUGUGAUAACAUGACAGUGUGAUAUCAUGACAGUGUGAUAACAUGACAUUGGGAUAUCAUGACAUUGGGAUAACAUGACAUUGUGGUGAUGAUAACAUUGAAUACAUGGUGGUAUCAUGACAGUGUGUUGAUGACAUUGUGGUAUCAUGACAGUGUGUCGAUGACAUGGUGGUAUCAUGACAGUGUGUUGAUGACAUUGUGGUAUCAUGACAGUGUGUUGAUGACAUUGUGGUAUCAUGACAGUGUGUUGAUGACAUUGUGGUAUCAUGACAGUGCACUGUAUAGGGAAUAAGGUGCCAUUUCAGCUGCUGGUAGCCACACCUGUACCAGAACCAUUUUAUUUAGUAAAUCAUUUUUCUUUAACCAACAAUGCCGUUUGAAGAAAAAUGAGAGUCACGGACUUGUAAGUAAUCAUUCCACGUUAUGACAAAUACACAUUUGAUCAUGACUGUUCGGUUCCCUUGGCUGGAGAGAGUAAAACGGGCUGGUAAAUAUGUUUGUUGUAACUGGAUUUACAAAAUGCUUUAAUAAAAUGACUGUAUCUCAUAA